CAGCACGAGCCCCCCCGACGGUGGCUAUGGCUGGGUGGUGGUAUUCGGAGCGUUCAUGGUCCAGUUCUGGGUGGCUGGGCUCUUCAAGUCCUAUGGAGUCCUGUACGUCGAGAUCAUGGAGACGUUUCCCGAUUCAUCGGAGUCCGUCGCUAGUUGGAUUCCCGCUGCUUUGUCUACGCUUUGUCUGGCCUUAGCCCCACUCUCUUCAGCACUCUGCGAGAAGUACUCCUGCCGUCUCGUGGUGUUCAUCGGGGGCUUAUUCUGCGCCACCGGCCUUAUACUAUCGUCACUAAGCACUCAGCUUUUCCAUCUGCUUUUGAGCUUUGGAGUUAUGACAGGCAUCGGCGGCGGACUGUCCACGACACCAGGCAUUGUCAUCGUGUCGCAAUACUUCGAUAAACAUAGGGCUCUGGCAAACGGCAUUUGCGUGAGUGGAACAGCAGCAGGCAGCUUCGUGUUCCCGAUGCUCAUUGAUAAACUCGUUGACACGUUUGGGUUGCAUGGAACUUGGCUCCUUUUGGGUGGUGGAAUGCUCCACGUGUGUGUAGCCGCGACGCUAUACCGUCCUCCUCCCUGUCAGAGCGAUAGAAGCACCACCCCUAUUACCUCCACCACAACGGAAAACACCACUUUGCUACAUGACAUUCAAGAAGGUAAAGCAGAUCCGAUCCCGAUAAAGGACAACCGUCUUCUACAUCUGUUUCAAACGGACACGGAACUCGCUCUCAACCAGAAGAACCUCCUCCUCAGCGAAGAACCAAAGAGGAGUAACCUCAUUACUGAGAUUAUACACCCAAGUCUAAUUGAGGUUGCACGACCAUUGCAGCCCUCACAGUUAUCGGAUUCUGAAGAUGGCGAAGGCUUGGACGUACUAGGAGUUGUUGGUCUACCUCGUGACGUGCUAAAACUGCGCCUGCGGCCAACCCGAUCGUCGUCCAUCUUACACUCCGUUGAGGAUCUCUCCACUGACAGCACUUGCGUCUAUAAGGCCAGCCGACACAAAAAGUUUAGUCG